CAACCUCUGAUGUCCCGCGUGCUGAUUCUCGUUGCUGCCACGCGCUGAUUCUUUUUACGCACCCCGUGGAGGAGAUUCGCUCUCGGACUGGAGACUGUAUCUCUCCCCCUCUGAAAUGAGUGACCAUAGUUCACAUUGCUGCGUAUAAAACGGCAGAAGUCGUCAUUAGAAGCCCCCCUGUACCGGGUUUGGUUUGUGUGCACCUGCCUGCGGGCGGAGGGAGAACGGGACCACAGCACUGCGCUGCGCUGCGCAUCGUCGGGAGGGUUUUAGGAGAACGGGGAUGGAGGAAGAACACUUCAGCUUGUAGAGUUCAGACGGGAGGGGAGUUCGGGACCGUUUCUAUCCACACUUUCGAGAGACCGAACUUCACUGUUGCUCCGGACUCGACGCUUCCAGGUCUAGCUGGGCUCCUAAAGGCUUGAGGAGAUGCGAAAUGUUCUGUACCAUGGAUAUACCCAAAGAGAUAGACACCAUCAAACACCGCUGGAGAUGCACUCAGAAGAACAGUGAAACUGCUGCAAAGGACAAAGGCAGAAGUCUACGCACCUGUGAUUGGAUAUGAGCUUCGUCUGACCCAAGACCAUUAAAAUGGAGUUGCUAUGGAAACUUAUAGUGCUGCUGUCAUUGGUAGAGCAUCGAUCAGGCAAUGGAGUCCUGCUGAAGCCCAUAUUCACCAAACAACCAGGCAGUGUGGUGUUUCCAAUUCAACCAGGGGAGGCUCAAAGAGAGGUGGUGUUUAGCUGUGAAGCCCAAGGACACCCACCCCCCUUCUACAGGUGGAAGUUAAACGACUCUUUCAUCCUGCCAAGUCCAGGGUCGCGCUACUCUCUCAUGGGUGGAAACUUACACAUCAGCCACCUGAACAAAGAGGAAGAUGUUGGCAUCUAUCAGUGCCUGGCGUCAAACUCUUUUGGCACAAUCGUCAGCAGAGAAGCCAGCCUUCAUGUUGCAUACUUGGAAAAUUUCAAGACCCAAAGACGAAGUCCGGUGAGGGUUCGUGAGGGUCAAGGUGUGGUCUUACUGUGUGGUCCCCCGCCUUACUCUGGAGAACUUACCUUCACCUGGAUCUUCAACGCGUACCCAUCCUUUGUCAUCCAGGAUACUCGUCGUUUUGUGUCCCAGAAGACAGGAAACCUCUACAUCGCAAAGGUGGAACCCUCCGAUGUUGGCAACUACACGUGUGUUGUCACCAACACGGUCACCAAAAGCAGCGUUCAAGGACCGCUGACACCUUUAGUCCUGCGUGUGGACGGUGUCAUGGGCGAAUACGAGCCAAAAAUCGAAGUUCAGUUCCCGGAAGUCGUCCCCGUCGCUAAGAGCUCAACCGUCAAACUGGAAUGUUUUGCACUGGGAAACCCAGUUCCUGUGAUCAGCUGGAGAAGAGUAGAUGGGGCCAACUUUAGCAGGAAAGUGGACAUAAAUAAAGCCAGUGGCGUUUUAGAGGUCCCUUAUUUCCAGCAAGAGGAUGCAGGAGUGUAUGAGUGCGUGGCUGAGAACAGCAGAGGAAGAAACUCAGUUCAAGGAAAGCUGUCUUUCUUUGCUCCACCACAACUCACUGAGAAGCCUCAGGAUGUUCAGAAAACCAUCGACGACACGCUGGUGUGGGAAUGCAAAGCUAACGCUAAGCCAAAGCCCUCUUAUCACUGGCUGAAGAACGGAGACCCCCUGGAUCUCAUGGAGGACAGGGUUCAGGUGAAUAAUGGAGUCCUGACCAUCAGCAGCUUAAAUCUGGCUGACAUUGGGAUGUACCAGUGUGUGGCAGAGAACAAGCACGGACGAAUCUUCACCAACGCCGAGCUCCGAGUCAUUGCCAUUGCUCCAGACUUCUCCCAGAAUCUGUUAAAGGUCCAAACCUUGGCCCGACAGGGUGGCGACGUACUGAUCGAAUGUAAACCCAGAAUGUCUCCUCGCGGUGUGAUUUCAUGGAGGAAGGGAAAGGAAGCCCUACGAGAGAGUCACAGAGUAAUGGUGUUGGAUAAUGGAAGUCUGCGAAUAUCAAACGUAACUAAAAUGGAUGCAGGAAUCUACACGUGUGUAGCCAGAAACCAGUUUGGAGUGUCAAGCAGUGCUGGUAGCCUUCAGGUUAAAGAGGCCACCGCGAUCACGAGUCCAGCGGGUCACCUGGAUGUGACUGUGGGGGAGAGCAUUGUGCUACCCUGUCAGGUCUCACAUGACCCAACACUUGACCUGAAGUUCACCUGGUUCUUCAACGAGCAGCUCAUCCACUUUGGAAGCCAUGGUUCCUUUUUUGAAAAAGUUGGUGGGCGAUCGGCUGGAGAUGUUAUGAUUCGCAACAUCCAGCUGAGGCAUGCUGGGAAAUACACCUGUGCUGUUCAGACCAAAGUGGACAGUGUGUCCAUUGCUACAGAUGUGGUUGUCAGAGGUCCUCCAGGCCAACCUUUGGACUGCCAGGUGACUGAGAUAAAUGAGACCACGGCCUCUCUUUCCUGGAGACCUGGGAUGGACAACCACAGCCCUGUCCUCAGCUACACCAUCCAGGCCAGAACUCCCUUCUCACUGGGAUGGCAGGCAGUUACUACAGUUCCUGAACUAUUAAGAGGGAAACAGCUCUCAGCUACGGUUGUUGAACUGGCUCCGUGGGUGGAAUAUGAGUUUAGAGUUUUGGCAAUGAACAGCAUCGGGACAGGAGAACCCAGCAAACCCUCCAAGAAGGCCCGCACCAAAGAAAUGCUCCCCAGAGUGACUCCAGCCAGAGUAAACGGUGGAGGUGGAGGACGUUCAGAGGUGGUCAUCACGUGGGAACCUGUCCCCGAGGAGCUGCAGAGUGGUCCGGGCUUUGGGUAUGUGGUUGCUUUCCGCCCACUCGGGGCGCCGGGAUGGAUGCAAGCUGCUGUCACAUCCCCAGAUGCUUCUAGAUACGUGUUCAAGAAUGAAAGCAUCCCUCCCUUCUCCCCUUACCAAGUCAAAGUCGGGGUUUACAACAACAAGGGGGAAGGACCUUUCAGUCCAGUGACUACGAUCUACUCAGCAGAAGAAGAGCCGAGCAGAGCUCCUGGGAGGCCGAGGGCGAGGAGCAUAUCAGCAUCGGAGGCAGAGGUCACCUGGAAGCCACUGGCUUGGAGUAACAGCCGCAGACGCAUCCUGGGCUACGAGUUGCGGUACUGGAGAGAAAAGGAUAAACAGGAUGCAGCCAGUGUGAUCAGAACAGUGGGGAAUAAAACAUCCGUCCUCAUCAGGGAUCUGGAGGGCAGCAGUACCUAUUACGUGUCCCUACGGGCCUAUAACAGUGCCGGAGUGGGUCCACUGAGCAACAUAGUCAAUGUCACGACCAAGAAACCACCCCCCAGUCAAGCUCCAGUCAAAAUAAUGUGGAACACAUCCAACUCCAAGGUCAUCCUGAGGUGGGAGCAAGUGCACGCUCUGGAGAACGAGUCCGAAGUCACAGGAUAUAAGGUGAUGUACAGCCAGGACAAGCACAGUCGUCCCAGCGUGGUGGAGACCAGCAACACCUCCUUGGAGCUGUCGCUGCCAAUCAACCAGGACUAUGUCAUCCAGAUUAAACCCUUCAGUGAGGGAGGGGAGGGCAUCAGCAGUCGCCAGAUUACCAUCCCCAAGGUUGAAGGCUCCACAGCCACGGGAGCAGCCCCGGAGUCGUUGGCAUUUCCACUGGUCAGUCUUGCAGCUCUAAUUCUCACAAGCAGAAUGGUCCUAUGACAAACAUGCAGGCACUACAGCUUCUCAUUCAGAGGAGAAAAUCAAAAAACAGCAGGUCAAAGACAUCGCAAGACCGACAGCCACGUUUCCUCCCGCUCCCUUUUCCACCCUGCUGAGUCUUUCCUCUUCUCUCUACAAAGAUCCUUUUGUGAAGAAGAUUCUUUCCCUUCACAAUUCUAAAGUGGUUUACUGAAAGGAACUAGCUCUUUCAGAAUUUGCUUCUUUUGAAAUUGACAGGAAGCCUUGACUUGACUGACUCCAGUCUCUUUGAAGAAGUGAUGUUUUACUUUUUUAUUCUUUUGUCGUCUCCUUUCUAAGUCGUGGAUAUUCUCAUAUGGUUUUCACCUUGGAUGGUACUUUAGGACAUGUAUGUGUAACUGUCAGAGUUCUCCUAUAAGAGAAUAUGUGACGUGCGUACCACUCAAAUUUUUUUUUUGGACUGGAUUUAAACCAAACUGAGAGUGGAAAGGACCUAAAUCACCGACUUGUUUAUGUAAGUUAAAGUACAUUCAAACCCAGAGUUUCUUUGAGAAACAUCGGAAACCAACUGUUAUUUUUUUUCCUUGUGAAACGAAACGGGAGGAGGAAAAUAGGGGAGGUAAGCCCCACUGCUUUAUGACAAACCAGAAUUUGAACCUUUUGGAUUUUACCUGGAUUUUACUCCUACUUUGUUUCUACAUGUCGCCAUAAAGUUGACUGGAACCAAAGCUGACAGGACUCAGUUUCACCUGUCGUUUGUGUAGACCAAGCAGCAGCCUGUACGGCUUUCAUAGAAACAGCUGAGCUGAUGAUUAGUGUCUCACUUUGCUCCCUCAUCCAUUGUAGGUGUUUAGCAAAGGAACAUAUGUAUAAAAUCCUCAGGUCCCAAAUGAGCCUUAAGUCUUAUGAUUAUAUUUGAUGUUAUUGUUCAGUAUUUAUUUUCUUUAGCUUUUUCUGUUGAUCCAAAUAAUACUUUGGCUCUCAUGCUUUAACCGUGUUGAUAUUUUGCAUUUUUGUCCAUUUCUAAGUCAUCUUUUUGGAAGUUUUAGGCUCAGAAACAAAAGGCCUUUCUCACAUUUUCAUCCUGAUGAGCAUCACAGUAACUAGCAAACAUUUCGGACUUUUCUAGCGUUGCUUACCACUAGGUGGGGUCAGUGUUUCACUGUCAGCUACUGUUUGGCAUGAAAUUGGUCAAUGUUGUUGAGGGUGUUUGAAUGGAUACACCUGCUUUUAAUAAAGAUAAUGCUGUUUUUUA